GAUAGUCACAUCAAUGCCAGCCAACUCAGGGACAAUGUGGGUAUGUAUAGCACAGGGGACCCCAGCCACCCCAGGGACAAUGUGGGUAUGUAUAGCAUAGGGGACUCCAGCCACCUCAGAGACAAUGUGGGUAUGUAUAGUACAGGGGACCCCAGUCACCCCAGGGACAAUGUGGGUGUGUAUAGCACAGGGUCCCCAAGCCAACUCAGGGACAAUGUGGGUGUAUAUAACUCAGGGGCUCCCAGCCAACCCAAAGAUAAUGUGGUUGUGUAUAACACAGAGGCUCCCAGCCAACUAAGGGACAAUGUGGGUAUGUUUAACACAGGGAACCCAGCCAAAUCAGGGACCAUGUGGGUAUGUUUAACACAGGGAACCCAGCCAACUCAGGGACAAUGUGGGUAUGUUUAACACAGGGCCCCCAGCUAACUCAGGGACAAUGUGGGUAUGUACUGUAAUAAAGAAGUCCCCUGUCACUUCAUGGACAAUGUGGGUAUGUGUUCUAACACAGGGGUCCCAGGUUAUUUCGGGGAUAAUGUGGUUUUGUAAUAUUGGGAUUCCCUGUCAUCCCAGGCAAAAUUUUGAUAUCUUGAGGAGCAAUUGAUUCUGUGACAUCACUCCGCUUAGAAGAACUCAAGGGAGUUAAAGAAGCUUUGGUAUCAAAAGAAAACAUUGCAGACGACACACUUGGAGAUGAAGAGUGGAGCGCCAUCUCAGCUUCAAGGUGUGACCUUGACACUAGUAUCAACAUAAACUUAUUCAUCCUCAACCAACCAAAACUACACUUUAUUUGGAAACAAGUGCUGCAUUGUUAAUUAAGACUAUAUUGUAUGUAGCUUUAACUUACAUGUUGUCAUCAAUGGUGUAAACUAGAAGUACUCAGCCACACAUGCCAACCUGUACAUUUUGUCAGUAAUUAGUACGAGUGUUAACAAAUUUUAAAAGUUGUUCAGUCAUACAUGAUUCUUUGCGGUUUUCAAUGGAUUUAGAAAAGAACAAUAUUUUCACAUGACACGACAGUGACGACACAGAAUUGAAAUCUUAACUGGCAGUGCAAUAAAUUGUUCAACAGGAAGCUGAAACCCUAUUGGUCUUUUCAAAAUGAACUUUGGUCCAAAGUUCAAAGAUUGAAAUUUUAGAAACUGAGCACAGUUUCGUUGAGUCACAGAGAUCAGUCAGCAUAGUACUGACACCAUUCGUUCAUAGUACUACAGCCUCGUUUAACCAUGGUUGCACAGCGGUUUGUGUGAUUCUCAUUAACACCUCAUAUCCACAAAGGGCAUAUGUUAAAAAAAUAAUAAAACUCUCCACCUGAUUUUUCCCCAUACUACGUUGAAACUACAGGUAUAAACUGACGGUAGAGCUAAUAGAUUGGUCGCGACAGUCAAUAUGUAUUUCCUUUCAUUCAUUUUGAAACAAAAAUCUGUAUUACUACAGCUAGCAUGAUUAUGUCUAUGUCUAAUUACAUCUAAACUGCUAACAAAUUCAACAUCUGAGUCAUUUUACAUAAAUAUUGCUACUGACCAGUGUAAUUAUGCAUGCACAGCGAAGGGGAGAUUAUUCGUGAAAAUUAGGUCUAUCCCAAAGGCAAAGUUUGCAUGCAUUGAAAACAUUGAUAAUUAAAGGAUGAAAAUGUUCCCUAUUUUUCUUUUUCUUUUUUUAAAAUUUUCCCUUUUUUUUUUUUUUUUUUUUUUUUUUUUUUUUUUUUUUUUUUUUUUUCCCCCCCCCCCCCCCGUAAUGUUUUUCAUGCUGUUUUACAGUUUUCUGGGACUUUUGUGCAGUUUUUGGGGGACUUUUGUCCAAUGUCCAGUUGUUUUUUUUAUCCCAAUAGGUUGCCAUGUAUGACUCAUGCCAAUGGAUAAGUUUUGAUUUUAGUUGUUACUUGUAUUAGCCUUUUAAUGUGCAAUGAAUUAUCGUUCUGAAUUUGAAACAAUAUCACAUCGUAAUUAGGAAAUCUGUCGAGCAACUCAUCACAAUAAAUUGAAAGUCUAGAAGAUAAAAAAAAAUAUCUAGAACUUGCAUUUGUAACUUCUAUAUGUGUAAGACUCCACCAGCACAUCACAUCGGCCUUUACCUGGUUGCCCCUUGUAUUUCCAGUGCCAACAUUGAAGAAUGCACGGGGUGAGAAAAGCUGGUCUUCUCCGCUGAUUGUGAACUUAUCACAGUGACGGAUGAU